CAAUAUGGCUGGCUUUAAGAUCCUAAUUUUAUUCGUCGUUUUUCAAAUUGUUAAUUCAAAACCAUUUAAAGAAAUUCAUUUUAAAAAGAAUCUUGAGUUCUCCAUAAAACAUCCAGUGCUGCCGAUCAAGCCUUUCAAAUUUAUUAAACAUAAGUGGUUGCAUAUAGGACACGGUAUAGAAAAAAGGAGUCCUUUGGAGGUGAUACCAAAACCAGAAGAAAAUAUCGUCAAUCCAGACUCACUAAUAAAGGUAUCGUUAGAAAAGGAAUUUGGGAUUGGGACUCCUUUGCCGCCGCCUCCGCCGCCUCCAGCACCAAUGUUUAUACCAGAAGCACCGGGAAUUUCAAGUCCUCCUCCGCCAAGCGUACCACCUCCAGUCACAGGGUCAACCAUACUUGUAAGUGAGGAUUAUCUUUCAAGAUUGCCGGAACAGGGAGCGGAAAUAAUAGUAAUAACACCUGUUCCUCCUCCUCCACCACCGCCUGUGGUGAGCAUACCUCCGCCGUCUCCGAUCCCUGAGCCAAUACCUGGACCUCCCCCGCCAGUGCCACCAGAAGUCCCCAAAGGCCUAGUUCAAGGCAAUUUACUUACGGACAUAGGCAGAGUAGAAGAAAUAAAUGCAUACCUUAAAGCGGUAGAAGGUCUUGGUAUAUCUCCACCACCUGGUCUCAUAAUGCCUCCUCCUGCAGGGCCUCCACCACCACCUCCUUUAGAGGCCGUAUUGCCUGUGCUUAAUAGCAAUAGUAUAGAGGUUGAGGCCCCAAAGCCUCCACCUCCUCCGCCCGUUGAAAAAACGAGCCCUCUGGUAAAAGGAUCUCGACUUGCGCUCUAUUUCGGAAAUAUUUUCUUACAAGUGAUGUCGGAAGUCUUAUCAAGCGCUAGAUCAGCUCUUAGCCAAUAUUCUCCGCCGGCACCCAUUUAA